GGGGCCGCGGCAGGCAGGGGAGCGGUCGGCCGCGCACCGUUAGGGCAGACUGGCGCGCGGCGCCCACCCGGCGCCCCUGGAAGCUGCGUCUCGGCUCCUGCCGGCGCCCACGCCUCGCUGUGCCCUCCGGCAGGGAGUAGCGCGCUCGCGAGGGCCGUGAGCGACGCGGGGUCAGAACGAGGGAAGGACGGCUAGUCAGCAGUCUUGUAGCUGGAUCCCCUAGGAAGAGAAGUUCUAAAGCAGUAAGAAGAAAGCAUUUCAAUUUGGAACAUUUAUUUGCAGCUGGCAAUGGGGAAUGGGCUGUCAGACCAGACUUCUAUCCUGUCCGGCCUGCCUUCGUUUCAGUCCUUCCACAUUGUUAUUCUGGGUUUGGACUGUGCUGGAAAGACAACUGUAUUAUACAGGCUGCGGUUCAAUGAAUUUGUAAAUACUGUACCUACCAAGGGAUUUAACACUGAAAAAAUUAAGGUAACCUUGGGAAAUUCUAAAACAGUCACUUUCCACUUCUGGGAUGUAGGUGGUCAGGAGAAAUUGAGGCCACUGUGGAAGUCAUAUACCAGAUGCACAGAUGGCAUUGUGUUUGUUGUGGACUCUGUUGAUGUUGAAAGGAUGGAAGAAGCCAAAACUGAACUUCACAAGAUAACUAGGAUAUCAGAAAAUCAAGGAGUCCCUGUACUUAUAGUUGCUAACAAACAAGACCUGAGGAACUCAUUGUCUCUCUCAGAAAUUGAGAAAUUGUUAGCAAUGAGUGAACUGAGCUCAUUGACUCCCUGGCACUUGCAGCCCACCUGUGCAAUCAUAGGAGAUGGACUGAAGGAAGGACUUGAGAAACUACAUGAUAUGAUCAUUAAAAGAAGAAAAAUGUUGCGGCAACAGAAAAAGAAGAGAUGAAUGGCGAUGCCUUUAUAUCUGUGUGGAGUAGCUUUUCUCUGGUCUGAUUUUGACAAAUGGAAGCGUGUCUACAGUCUGGUUUGCCUGCCUGCCCUCCUGGAUGCUGUUUAAGCUGUGUUUUGUUGAACAAUCAGAUGCCCAACUCUGUUGCCUUGUGGAAGAUGAGUAAAUGCAUUCCUUCUUAAAAUGGUCUCUUCUCCCUACCCCACAAAUCUUGGUACUACCAUUUUGGGAAGCCAAGCAGGGAUAGUGUUGGCCAGAAAACUGUUGUGGAAAUUUGACCUGAAGUUAGUGAAAUAAAACUUUGAAGAGUG